UCUCUUUUGUGUGUGCGUGUAUAUUUGGAAUAUCGAUAGGUAAGAAUUCCCUAACAUAUCAACCCCAAAAGUUGAUGCUAACAGCACAAUUUGCUAUUAAUACUUUCUAUUAAUACAGUGUUAACAGUGUUUGUGUGCAUAUCUAGUGAAGUGAAAAAUUUCAAGUCAAAAAUGGCUCGUACUAAGCAAACUGCCCGUAAAUCGACCGGUGGAAAGGCUCCCCGUGAACAACUAGCCACCAAAGCUGCCCGUCCUGGUAUAGUUGCUUUGCGUGAAAUCCGUCGUUACCAGAAGAGUACUGAAUUGUUGAUCCGUAAAUUGCCCCUCCAACGUUUGGUUCGUAAAAUCGCUCAAGAUUUCAAAAUUGACUUGCGUUUCCAGAGCUCUGCUGUUAUAGCCUUGCAAGAAGCCAGCGAAGCCUACUUGGUUGGUCUUUUCGAAGAUACUUACUUGUGCGCCAUCUAUGCUAAGCGUGUCACCAUCAUGUCUAAGGAUAUCCAAUUGGUCAGACGUACUCGUGGAGAACGUGCUUAAAUUCUUGACGUUUUAAAAGCAACAAUUUUACGACA